AUGAACAAACUCACAUUCACGGUUUCCCUCUUGGCGCUGGGAUUUCUCAUCUGCGAAGCUGGUAACCCCUGUUGCUCAGAACCAUGCCAGAACAGGGGCGUAUGCACAGCACUUGGGACAGAUAACUAUGAGUGUGACUGCACACGCACAGGAUUUCAUGGACAAAACUGCACAACACCUGACUUCCUCACCUGGGUCAAAAUAUCCCUGAAGCCAUCGCCCAACACUGUCCACUACCUUCUCACCCACUUCAAGGGCUUCUGGAACAUCAUCAACAACAUUUCAUUUCUCAGAGACGCCAUCAUGAGAUAUGUACUGACAUCCCGAUCCCACAUGAUUGACAGUCCUCCAACUUUCAAUGCGGAUUAUCAUUACAAAAGCUGGGAAGCCUAUUCUAACCUUUCUUACUAUACGCGCACCCUCCCCCCUGUGCCAGAGGAUUGCCCAACCCCUAUGGGAGUUGCAGGUAAAAAGGAGCUUCCUGAUGCUAAAGUCCUUGCUGAGAAGCUUCUCUUGAGAAGACAGUUCAUCCCGGACCCACAGGGCACCAGCCUGAUGUUUGCAUUCUUCGCACAGCAUUUCACCCACCAGUUCUUCAAAUCUGAUAUGAAGAAAGGACCUGCUUUUACUGUAGCUAAAGGCCAUGGGGUGGACCUCAGCCACAUUUAUGGAGACAACUUGGAGAGGCAACACAAGCUCAGACUCUUCAAGGAUGGCAAGCUUAAAUAUCAGAUCGUGAAUGGAGAGAUGUACCCCCCAACAGUAAAGGAAGUGGGCGCUGAAAUGCACUACCCUCCUCAUGUUCCUGAAGCUCACCGCUUCGCUGUGGGCCACGAGGCGUUCGGCCUGGUCCCCGGUCUGAUGAUGUACGCCACGAUCUGGCUACGGGAACACAACCGGGUGUGUGAAGUGCUGAAGGAGGUCCACCCUGACUGGGACGACGAAAGGCUUUUCCAGACUUCACGGCUCAUUCUGAUCGGAGAGACCAUCAAGAUUGUGAUCGAGGACUACGUGCAGCACCUGAGCGGCUACAACUUCAAGCUCAAGUUUGACCCCGAGCUGCUGUUCAACCAGCGCUUCCAGUACCAGAACCGCAUUGCAUCCGAGUUCAACACCCUGUACCACUGGCACCCACUGAUGCCUGAUAGCUUCCACAUUGAGGAGAAAGACUACAACUACAAACAGUUUAUCUUCAACAACUCUGUAGUGACUGAGCACGGCAUCAGCAACCUUGUGGAGUCGUUUUCCAAUCAGAUUGCAGGACGGGUUGCUGGUGGUAGAAAUGUUCCAGGACCUGUCAUGUAUGUGGCCAUUAAGUCCAUUGAAAACAGCAGACAAAUGCGCUACCAGUCUCUGAAUGCCUACAGGAAACGAUUCUCCAUGAAGCCCUACACUUCUUUUGAAGACAUGACAGGAGAAAAAGAAAUGGCCGCAGUGCUCGAGGAGAUGUAUGGACACAUCGACGCUGUGGAGCUCUACCCAGGACUGUUGGUGGAGAAACCCAGGCCUAAUGCCAUCUUUGGGGAGACGAUGGUGGAGAUGGGGGCCCCUUACUCCCUCAAGGGCUUAAUGGGAAACCCCAUCUGCUCCCCAGAGUACUGGAAGCCCAGCACAUUCGGUGGCACCGUGGGCUUCGACAUUGUCAACACCGCCUCCCUGCAGAGGCUCGUCUGCAAUAACGUCCAGGGCCCCUGUCCCGUGGCGUCCUUUCAUGUGCCCGACGUUAAAGAUACGGGAUCCAUGAUCAUCAACUCAAGCACAUCACACUCAAGCAGCAGUGAUAUCAACCCCACAGUAAUUUUGAAAGAAAGGAGUACUGAGCUCUAAUUUGUAUUAAUUUCUCUAAUUUUCUUAGGUCCUUUUUUUAAUAUAUGUAUUUAUUUAUUUAUUUAUUUUGGUAUUUAUUGUCUAUAUUUAUAUGAAAUACAUGAAAAAGUGCAGCGCAGAUGUUUUUUAUAUGUGAUUUUGUACAUUUUUGUCUAUGUCUAUACAGUCUAUGGCCUUGUUUAUUUAUUGAACUACUCAUUGUGUUGUAAGUUAUUGUUAAUUUAAUGACCUCAGUCACUACAACUACUUGAUACUUGAAAGUUAGUUUACAGUUUGAACUGCACAGCAGCAUACUUUAUACUUCUGAUGAAAAUUAAUGUAAUUUAUUUGUAUGGAGAAUUAGCCAUAGCAGAAUAUACUAGUGAUGCUCACAGUGAACUUAAUGGCUGAUCUUGACUCUCUUUAUUUAUCUUAUUUAACACACAGUAAAGUGCAUUCCUAUUUUCAGUAUUGUUUUACUCCUUCAGUCUGUGUAUUGGCUUGGGUAAUUUGAAAUUAUUUUAAUAACUCUGAGUCUGCACUGUUGUUUAGAAUUUUAUUUUCAUUCCAUGAAAACUGUAUCAUUCAAUUGUAUGGAUUUAAAACAGCCAUGCAGUUUGUUCAUUUUGUUCUCAAUGCCUAUUGACUUGCGAAGUUGACAUUAAUAAAUACAAGGAAAUGUAGCACAUUUCUCAGAAAUCA